AAGAACACAACAGCGCAUGCGUCGGUCGCCAUUUAGACAACUAUCUUACAAUACAGUUGACACGAAAAUAAAUAAAGCUAGCUGGACGACGUGAUUAUUGCAUCGUUUGUUAAAUUGUCGCCUCAUAUGUUGCCUUUUUUUUUGUAAAUUGUUGUUAAGACAAACCUGCCUCAGUUGACUCAGAAGCUUCGGGCGAGCUUAGCUUGUUAGCUGUUAACAAUAGAGACGCAGAAGUUAGCAACACGUCCUGUAUGCAGAGAUCGAGUGUUGUGAUUGUGUGAACAUGUGUAAAGUACAAGUGCUCAGAGCCCUGGUGAACCAGCGGCUGACGUCGGCUGUAGAAGAAAUAUUUGUUGAGUUAGAAAGAAUGAUCGCAGAGUACGAGAAGGAGAUUUUUCGAAUAAAAGAGGAGAACGAGCGACUGCUGGACGCUGUUUUCAAGCCUCGAAUAGAGUCAAACAGAUCAGACGCCAGCGAAGAUAAUGUUCCCCCUGAGCAGCAGGAGUGGAGUUUCAGGAUGGAGCAAGAGUGGCCGGAGCCCCCUCACAUUAAAGAAGAAAAGGAGGAUCACAGCAUCAAUCAGGAAGGGGAACAUUUGAAAGGACUGGAGGAGUUCCCAGUGAUUCAUGACCUUGUAAAAAGUGAAAUUGACGAAGACAAAGAUCAAAGUAAAGACCCAAGCAGCAGCUCAACUCAACACAUGGCAUCAGAAGCGGAUGGCGACCACUUUGGAGCAUCACAAGCAGACAGCCUCUUAGCUCCACUAUCAGAUAGUGACGACACAACGUCACACUCUGCUGACACUGAUGAUGACGACGACUCAGCAGAUAAGACAUGUCACACUAGCAACACACAUUUCGAAUGCUCUCACUGUGACAAAACCUAUGGUAAAAAGGGUAAUCUGAAAAGACAUAUGAUAUGUCACACUGGAGAGAAACAUUUUCCUUGCUCAGUCUGUGGUAAAAGAUUUUUUCAUAAAUCCCAUUUAAAAGAACACACCAGAAUACACACUGGAGAAAAACCUUUUCCUUGCUCUGUUUGUGGUAAAAGAUUUACUAAAAAACACGGUUUAAAGAGACAUAUUAGAACACACACUGGAGAAAAACCUUUUCCUUGCUCCGUGUGUGGCAAAAGAUUUACUAAAAAAGAUGGUUUAACGAGACACACACGAACACACACUGGAGAGGAACCUUUCUCCUGCUUAGUUUGUGGUCAAAGGUUUUCUCAGAAGAUAAGUUUGAUUGGACACAUAAGAACACACACUGGAGAAUAUCCACUGAAUGCGUAACGACAACCCCUACCAAUCCCUUACCGCUGUUUUGUUGCAGCUCCGCCCUGCAGUGAAAUAGCGUGGACUUUUUACGAAAUCCCCGCGAAUCCGCACCUAAUCACAUGAUUGCAAGUUGUACUAAAGCGGACCACAAACAAUUUGUCCUGUCUUUUUCAGAGGAGCGAAAGCAAAUAAACUAAGUCCUGCUAUUUGAGAUACAUAAUGGCUGUUGAACGGCAACACCACGGAUCGUUCAUCAAUACCCGCCUGUUUGACUUAACUUGACUCGUAGAAAUGAUGACCGUUUCUCAUUGCAGAAUGACAACUUUUUUUUUGUUUUUUUUAGCAAGCAACAACAAAAGAGUAACAUCAUCCAUCCUAGAUCGCAAUCAAUGCUCGCUAACUACUCCCCUGCUUCCCUGGCCCCUGUAUCAGCUUGUAUUUGACACAGGCUCCCAUAUAGAUGCCUGUGAUAAAUAUUUUUAAUUUUGGACCUCCAGAAUCAGCAUAUCCUCAUCCAUUGGUGUCAACAAGGUGAAAUUAUGCCUGAAAACCUUUGACAAGUUGACUUUAUGUCUGUCCCGACAUGUUGAAGUGUAAAAUACGAUCCGCCUUGAAAAUGGUGUAUUUUAUCUUGAAAGCAAACUGGAUAAUUUAGUUUGUGUUUUUGCAUGACUUCCUGACCAACACAAGCAGAUUUUAGCCAAAUUGAAUCACCAUGUUGCGGCGACCGGCAAAUAUAGAAGCUUUGACUCAUUGACUUGAAUCAAAUAGGGAAGAGUCUGCCGUCGUGUCAGCGCAGUUCCGCUGCCAUACCGCAUCCAGUAAAAAUCCAGAGUGAAACUUUUUUAGGACACUUUCUGCACAAUAAGGGAACUACAAGUAGACAAGACAAUAUUACUCUAUAAAAAAAACAACAGUAUUAUUCAAGGUGAACUUAAAGGUUUUGUAGAUCAAGAUGUUAAGCUUACAGUAAGUAACUUCUGCAAUAAACUUCUUUCUGCAAAAUUCA